UUUGACAUGAUGUUUUUGCAUGACAGUGUUUUAGCUUUCAUGUUUUUUUCCCCCGCGGCGAUUUGUCCCCCUACUUAUUGGAGCGAUGGGCAUUUUUGGUUCUUCACAUACAUCUCUGUUCACACACCUACACACCUACACACUCACACUCACACUCAUACAUACACUCACAUGUGCGCGCACAUAUCAUGGUACCUCCUUUCAUGAAUGAUUGGGCCCAGAUAUGUGCAGCUGUGCUGUGCUGUGUCAUGUUGUGUUUUCCUUUACUUUACCAUGCUUGUCUCUUUUUUCCCCUUAAUCCAUGUACCCCAGGCCCCCUUAACUGGCGCCAGCCCCGGCGGUUGUAUUUCUCCCUACUACCUAUCUACCCCUUCAUGUAUGUUACUAUUACCACAACUACUACUGAUGAUGACGGACGUGUGGCCCCCGGGUUUGGUUUGCCAUUCUCCACGGCAGGGUAACCGUCCCUACACUGCUAGACCAGGGUUUCGAUUUCAUUCAUUGAAUGAAAUAAUGGAUGGUUAGGAUUUCAUAUUUUUUUGGUCUCUUGUUUUCGAUUGAAUUGGAUAUUAGGAUGCAGUAAGUAGUAAGUAUGCAGUAGGUACUAGUGUGGUUAUUCUGA